AUCUUCACGGCUAAGUAAACCCUUUUGUGGGUUUGUUUUUAGGCCUCUUUAUUUUGUUCGCUUCUUUCCUUCACCGCGCUCUCGUCGUCUCCUUCGCCCCCUUCUCGUCUUCGAACCAUGACCAGCUCUUCCGCCCCUUCUCGAAAGGUGCUGAGCAAGAUCGCUUGUAGUCGGCUGCAGAAGGAGCUGGUUGAAUGGCAGGUUAGCCCUCCCACUGGAUUCAAGCACAAGGUCACCGAUAACCUUCAAAGGUGGGUUAUUGAAGUGGUUGGAGCGCCGGGGACUUUGUAUGCGAACGAGACCUACCAGCUCCAGGUUGAUUUCCCGGAGCAUUACCCCAUGGAAGCGCCACAGGUUAUAUUUUUAAAUCCUGCUCCUCUGCAUCCUCAUGUUUAUAGCAAUGGGCACAUCUGUUUAGAUAUAUUAUAUGAUUCGUGGUCCCCAGCGAUGACUGUAAGUUCUGUCUGUAUCAGCAUUCUAUCCAUGUUGUCAAGCUCAACAGUGAAGCAACGUCCUGUUGAUAAUGACCGCUAUGUCAAAAACUGUAGGAAUGGCAGGUCUCCAAAGGAGACAAGAUGGUGGUUCCAUGAUGACAAAGUAUAAGAUCGGCAUAACUGCCUCCAGAAGUAAGUGUCUGACUUCUCAGAUAAAACUUGGGCCAUACUUUUAACUCAUUGGAUGCUCUUAUGUAUGAGUAUCUGCUGAUUUGAAUUCAAAGCUUUCAGGCUUUUAUGUAAAGUUGCAUACUGUGGUAUUUGUAAAGAAGAGCUGCUAUAUAAAUGCCAAUAAUUUCCCAAUAAGGUGAUAAUAGCACUCGAUGGAUGCGUACGUUUAGUACGAAACA